AUGCGCGCCCAACAUUUUGCGCGACGACGCCAUGUACUGUCCAAGGCCAGGGUGCCACACCCGGUGCACACAAGUCCGAGGCGGGUCACUCUGGUCUCGCGGCCGUCCCAUCUAGCACCACGCAAGGUCAGCCGGUUUCUGCAGCAGGUGUUACUACAGCAGCAGGUGGCCUGGCAAGGAACGGUGAAGGUGCUCAGCGAGCUUCAGCGGCGCAGGCAGGUGCACCUGAUGGUGCUUUUCCAUCUGCUCGGCGGCAGCCAGGUGCCUCUGCCGGUGCUUCGACACAAGGGGUUGGACAGCCUGGUGCAGCAUCAGGUAUGCCAGGAGCGGCAUCAAGUCUGCGAGGUGCACUUCUUGCAGCAGGCAGUGUUCCUACCGUACCGACUGGUCAGACAGGGUGUACGCGCACCAUCUGCGGUGGGGUUUGCGCAGAUUGCAGGCGCUAUUCAGCAGGUGGCCACCUCAUCCGCCGCACAUUCAUGGCCGAUUGGCCAUGCACAUCAACCUCCCAGCGUGGUUUACCCCGGUACUAUACAGCCAAGCGACUUACUGCAACUGCCCUUUUCGACGCUUCGUCCCCCGCUGCAUCCUUCUGCUCCUUUCCUCGCCUCUGAUGAGGUGCUCGACGAUACCAACAUCCAACCAGGUCACACAACCGCGUCUCAGGGUCGCGGUUUAUCGAGCAUGCUCCCCGGUUUUAUGCAGGGGUCCCAACAUGUACUGCCCUCACCUGCAGCCUCCUCAUCUAUGGCGCCCGCGACCCAGGGAGGGGAGAUCGGUGAGGUGCCCGGCAAAAGGGGGUGGACGGGCGUCACAAAGAAGCUGGAUAAGGACGAGUGGAUCGCCAGGAUCGUCCUAGACCGCGCAUCUCAGUCGCUGAUCGUCAUCAACAGCCACUUUGGAACGGAGGAAGAGGCGGCAAGGUCGAUAGCCGCAGCGUCGGACGUGAUGUUCGUUGACAAGCCAACGCGUGGGGAGCUCAUUCUCUUGACCGCCGCCGACAAGGCGAAGCUCAGCGAUUGUUCUGCACACCAGUGUGAGGUGAUGGUCCGCAUGAAGUUCUGGCACAUGUGGGAGGAGUGGAGGAAGUAUUGGCCUGCAGCGAAGGCAAAGUGGGACGAGAAAACGCGCAGGGACGAAAAGAAGAGAGCUGCAAUUAAAGCCAGCUUGGAUGAAGCAAAUGCUCGCGCCGAGAAAAUCGCCCGAAUGCAAGCUGGUGGAAAUUCUGGGCAUGAGUAUGCAUCUCACCAGGAGGGGUCGGGAUCUAAGGAUGGUUAG